AUGAUGACACGUGGAAAACAACGCCUGAGUAAAGGAACAAGCGCUACACAAGGCAAAGCCACCAGCGUUGGUGCUAAAAGGAAAAGGCCUAGUUCCACCCAUUCUGUCCGUUCUGUGGUACGCAAGCGUUCACGACGAGUCCCUCCAAACAACGGCCCUGUCCAAACACCCCAUCUUGCAGACGCUACGCAUCCAGCUGAACUCGAAAGGCAGCCCCUCCCGGGUAAUUCCACCACUGCAGUGGAUCGUCAAGAACUAACGACCUCAUUGAACCCGUCGUCGGUCUCCAUUCCGGAUCUGACAAAGGCAGUGUCAGCCGCUGUGAUAAAAAGUUUAUCUGAGGCAGGCGUUAUCCCGUCAGCCAACACUGUCCCAACCACAGAGCAGAAUGCUGAUUCAGCUGCUACUUUACAGGAGUCAGUGGCAGCUGUUGUUCAGGAUUUAACUGGUGAGGGCCAUAAUUUUCAAUCAAAUAAUGAUUCUGUAAUUUCGGGCAGUGUCGGCCUGGUACUAUUCACAAGUUGAUUUCCGUUCCCUUAGCAAGUAGGGUAUCCGAAAAACUGCAAUCUAAAAUCUGGGCAAACGAUUAUGUCGAUUUAGGUAGCCUUUUUGCAACAUUGCCCGGGGACCCCAAAUACAAUUUUACAAUAAAAAAUUACCUGGGUCCUCAACGCCAACUGUUAGCCUCGAGCCUGUGCAAAACACAAAGCGCAUACCUACAAUCAAUCAGUGGACCUCUGCUUUUCAAAUUUUUGUUGCUAUUUACACAGUGCGAUUUCCAGAAACGGCACCGGCCUUGAUGAAGUAUAGUGCGACGGUGCGUGAUUUAGCGGCUAAAAAUGCGCAUUGGCACUAUUACGAUGAGAAUUUCCGCUAUUUACAGCAAAAAUCCCUUUUUCCCUGGGAUGAAAUACACUGGGAAUUGUGGUUGCAGGCGCACCACAUGACACGUAGUUCAUUUCCAGCUUCUCCAGGAAACAACGCUAAUAAACAAUCGUCUCAGCCCUUUCCAAAAGGCUUUUGCUGGAAAUUUCAUCAAGGCGAAAAAUGUUUUGGCUGUAACUUCAAACAUGAAUGUUUCAAAUGUGGGGCAACCCAUCCGGCUUUUCGAUGUCGUGGGACCAAACCCUCCGCCGCUACAUCACGCCCCGCCUCGGCACAUGCCGCUAGCAACACCAAUCAAAAUAAGUAAAUUAGAGUUUUAUUUAGACGGUUAUCCACCGGCGUCGAAGCGCUAUCUACUAGAUGGUUUCUUAAGAGGGUUUUCUCUUGAUUACGUCGGAUAUCACGAGACGUCCUUCUGCAAUAAUUUGCUGUCAGCAAUUCAAAAUCCUUCAGCUGUCAAUGAAAAACUUUCCAAGGAAUUAAAAUUAGGUAGAAUAGCUGGACCUUCUUCUAAAAAGCCUUUUUCUUCAUUGCGUUUAUCGCCGUUAGGUUUAAUUCCUAAGAAAGCGCCAGGGUAAUUUCGCUUAAUUCAUCACUUAUCUUUUCCUUAUGGCACAUCCGUCAAUUCUCAUAUUCCCACGGAAGCAUCUUCAGUUUGCUACGCAUCAAUCGACGAUGCUAUUAGGAUUAUUAGGGGCUGUGCGCUUGCAAAGACAGAUGUCAAAAAUGCUUUUCGAUUGAUCCCAGUUAACCCAAAUGAUUACGACUUGCUUGGUAUUUUUUGGCAAGAUCACUUUUAUUAUGAUAAGAGCUUGCCCAUGGGCUGUUCCAGCUCCUGUAAGAUUUUUGUGGCAUUUAGCUCCGCGUUAGAAUGGAUUGCACGUUACAAAUUGUCAACUCCGGGUAUUUUACAUAUCUUAGACGAUUUUCUCAUCAUUGAGCGUGAUACAGUUACAUGUUCGACAAAACUUUUAUUGUUUUUAAAAACCUGUGACGAUUUAGGGGUUCCCAUGGCGCCUGAAAAGACCAUUGGUCCAAGUACAGUUCUUUCUUUUGCGGGUAUCGAACUUGAUACUUUCAAAUUGGAAGCGAGGCUUCCUCAGGAUAAGAUAGACAAAUGUACUAACAUGAUACAAGAUUUCCUAAAGCGCAAGAAAGUCACUCUAAAAGACAUGCAAUCUCUAAUAGGGUUGUUAAAUUUUACCUGCUCAGUAGUUGUGCCUGGAAGAACAUUUCUCCGACGAAUGAUUAACCUCACAGUAGGCGUCAGGCGACCAAUGCAUAUGAUUCGCUUAACGAGCGCAGUAAAAUGCGAUCUUCACUUGUGGUUGCAAUUCCUUACACAGUUCAAUGGCAAAUCGUUCUUUUUAGACUUUGUUUGGCUUUCAUCCGAUAUGAUUCACCUAUACACUGAUGCUUCAGGCUCAUUAGGCUAUGGCGCGGUUUUUGGUAGGAACUGGUUAUAUGGCGCUUGGCCCAAGCGUUAGAGCUCGCUUAAUAUAGUCAUACUUGAAAUGUUUCCGAUUGUAAUUAGUGUUGAAAUAUGGGCUAAUAGGCUGGCCAAAAAGUGUGUCACAUUCCAUACAGAUAACCAAGCGCUUGUGGAGGUUAUCAAUAAAAAAACCACAAAAGAUAAAAAACUGUUGGUUUUAGUCCGCUCCUUGGUUUUGUCAUGUUUGAAGCAUAACAUACUUUUUAAGGCAGUUCAUCUGCCCAGCCUUUGUAACACAAGCGCUGACGCAUUAUCGCGUUUACAGGUAGACAAAUUCAAGUCCCUCGACCAGUAUGCAGCAGCCGAACCGACAAUUGUUCCUCCACAUCUGCUACCAGAAAACUGGCCGAUAUAACUAAAACACUUUUAGAGGCUAGCAUCAGCAGCGCUUCAGUUAAAGCUUACAAAAGGCCCUGGGCGCUAUUUACAUCUUGGGCCCAGCAAUUUUUAGGUGACAUGCUUAUUACGCUACCCAUUCAACCAGCGAUUUUAGCUUUCUUUAUUGCUCAUUUGUACUCUUCGAAAUACGCAGCGUCGUCCGUUACGACUUAUGUUUCUGCCAUUAGUUACGUACAUCAAUUAGCUGCAGUGGAUGAUCCCACCGAAGCAGCCAUUAUAAAUCAGCUCCUUAAGGGCUAUAGGAAGUUAGCUCCCACUAGAGAUAUUCAUUUACCGAUUAUGUUACCAAUCCUAAACAAGCUAUUAGGAUCGUUUCAACACACAGUCUCAUCAGCAUAUCAAAUACAUUUGCUCUCAGCUAUGUGUGCCAUUGCAUUUUUUGCAUUUCUGCGAAUAGGAAAAAUAACAACAACUUCC